AUGCAGGAGGAUAUUACUGCUGCUGCGCCUUUGCUGCUGCAGCAGUACAGCAGGGAUCCAGCAGCAGCUGCUGCUGCUGCUGCCAAGCUGCGAGCAGCAGCAGCAGCAAAUGCUCAAGGAGGACAAGCUGCUGCUGCACUGCAGCACGAACGCUUCCGCGCCAUCGUUGCUGCUGCAUCUGCUGAUGAAGUGCUGCAGGUCGUAGCAGCAGCAGCAAAACAGAAUCGAGGAUUGCAGCAGCAGCAGCAGCAGCAGCAGCAGCAGCACAAUGGAAGCAGCGUUGAAACAGCAACAGACGAGGGCGCAGGAGAGACAGCUGCUGCUGCUGACGAAACGUCAGCAGCAGCAACAGCAGCAGCACCAACAGCAGCAGCAGCAGCAGCAGCAGCAAGGGGUGCACCGCACGGCUUGGACGCGAAGAUAAUAACGGCUGCGCUGCACCAACUGGCCAUGCUUGCGCAGCAGCAGCAGCAGCAACAACAGCAACAGCAGCAGCAGCAGCAGCUGCUGCUGCUGCUGCUGGACGACAGGAUGCUGCUGCUGCUGGAUGCUGCAGCAGCAUAUAUCCCCAGAGCUGACAGCAGCAUAACCCGCAUGCUGUGGGCGCUGCAGCGGAUCGGUUUGCUGGGGCGUCUCCCGCUGCUGCUGCAGCAGCAGCAGCAGCAGCAGCAGCAGCGACAAAAGCAAAAGCUGUUGUCGCUGAGGAAGCGUCUGCAAAGAGAUUUGCUGCUGCGGCUGCAGCAGCUGUGCGAGCAGCAGCAGCUGCUGCCGCAGCAGCUUGCUGCUGCACUCCGGGUGCUUGCUGCUAUGACUGAAGAAGGCGACGCAGCAGCAGCAGCAGGAACAGCAGCAGCAGCAGCAGCAGCAGCAGCAGCAACAGCGGGUGGAGCAGCGGGAAUAACGGACGAUGAGCAGCAGCAGCGAGCAGCAACAUCUGCUGCUGCAGCAGACGAAGGCAUAGCAGCAGCAACACGAAACCCCAGACUUGCUGCAGCUGUAUGUCGUGCGCUGCUGCAGCAGGUGCAGCAGCUGCAGGCAGCAGAAGCAUCAGCUGUGCUGCUGGCUCUGGCGAAGCUGCGGUGGUUGCUGCUGCAGACCCCAGCGGCGUACCCUCAAGAGCAGCAGCAGCAGCAGCAGCAGCAGCAGGUGUCGCUGCAGCAUCUCAUGCUAGAGCAGCUGCUCCCUGUGCUGCUGCGGCGCAUGCAGCAGCUGCUUCCGGUCUGCAACGCCCAGAGCAUUGCUGCUGCUAUGUGGGGUGUUGCAGUGCUGCAGCAGCAGCAGGAGUUGCUGCAGCAGCAGCAGCAGCAGGAGCAGCAGCAGCAGACCGGCUGCGACAUUGCUGCUGCUGCUGCGUUUAACGAUGCAGUAGCAGACUUUGUUGCUGCUGCAACGCAGCAGCUGCAGCAGCAGCAGCUAGUUCCAAGGGAGGGGUCUCGAUGCCUCACGCUGCUGCUGCAGGCCUUUGCGCAGCUGGCGCCGCUGCUGCUGCAGCAGCAACAGCAGCAGCAGCAGCACUUCCCGCUGCUGCUGCGGCAGCAACAGCAGCAGCAGCAGAACUUCGCGCUGCAGCAGCAUGUCCUUCAGCAGCAGCAGUUGCUGCUGCUCGAGGUGGUGCAGACGGCACUCAAACGCGUAGCCACUGGCGAGGCUGCUGCACUGCAGCAAGCCUGGCAGCAGCAGCAGCAGCGGCAGCAGCAAAGGCAGCAGCAAAGGCAGCAGCAAAGGCAGCAGCAGCAGCAACAGCAGCAGCGUGUUGUUGGUGACCUGCUGGAUUCAGUGUUUCAGCUGCUGGCUCGUCUGGCGGAGCUGUACGUGCAACCUAGAGAGACAGCAGCAGAAGCAGCAGCAGCAAAAGCUGCUGCUGCUGCUGCAUCAAAUGCUGCUGCUCUGGUGCAGGACCCGGCUGCUGCUUUUGCUGCUGCUGCUGCUGCUGCAGCAGAUGCUGCGUGGUUUGAAGGACUGUGUGGGGCGCUGCAGGAAGCAGCAGCAGCAGUGAUAGAAGUCACCACGCGCGAGCCGCAGCAGCAGCAGCAAGAACAGCAGCAGCAGCAGCAGCAGGAGCAGCAGCAAGAGCAGCAGCAGCAGCAACAAGAGCAACUGCAACAGCAGCAAGAGCAUGGAUUCUUUUCUUAUAGGGUUUCCAGCCGUCUGCUGCAGUCGGUGGUUUCUGCUGCUGCUGCGCUGCAGCAAGCGCAGCAGCAAAGCUACGAAGGGUGA